GGACAGAAAGCUCACAGCUGGCGGCAAAGCGGAACAUGCACAUAGUCUAGUGCUGCACGCAUGCGGUCGGGAAACGUGGCACUCGGGCGGCUCGUGUAGCGCCAUUUGACCUCGGCUUCACAGCACGCGGACACUUGCGGCGGCGAAAUAGUGGAGAUGGCAAGGAAAUGGUCCUGGAUUGUCGGUUGUUGCGUGCUCUGCAUCUGCCUAACUAUGUGGCCCUGCGAAGCCCUCGAAAUAUUCGAAAGCGUCAUUAGCGCCCGCAGAUUGGAGCUGAUUAAGAUGAAGGCUUGGCAGUGGGACCCAUUCCUGCGUCGCCUCAACGCCAGCGUGCACAGAAAAGACAACGUGAGCACCGAGUGCCGGGCCCACAUGCAGAGAUUCAUCGACGCCAUGAUACUCCGUCAAGUACCCGGUCUUAAGCUGCUGGACUCUCAUGGCUCCUUCCCGACGGGAGUUCUCCAUGGUGCAUUGGCCGAGAUCGGUUCGCACAAAGAGUGCUUCGCUGCGGGAAUCGUUGACGAGAGACGCGACGUCGUCGCGAGGAAAUUUUGCUCGCUCUAUGUCUUCAACGCCGAUCCGCUGCCCUCUUUUCCGGAGAUCAGCCAGAAAGAGCAAAAGAAUGCUAAGAUGUUCACCUUCCAGCAGUCGGCGUUGAAGAUAGGCGCCUGCAUCCCAUCAUCGUGCAACGACGACGAUUUCACGACCAUAUUGAACGAAGCACUGUCGGAGUGGAACCUGUCCAGCUUUGUUUCCGCCUGCGACUACAAUGUUCCGGCCGACGAGCCGUCCAUCUUUGUCAUUUUUAUCCUGGCAGCGUUCGUGACCGCGGUGGUGCUGGCGACUGCUCUAGAUGUGAUCAAUCGACAAGAUCUCAUCCUCGUCGACCAAGCGCAGGCAGACGCAGAUGCUGCAGGGAGCCGCAUUCUGGCGCAAAUCCAGACACUGUCCUUGCUUCGGACUGCGCGUUCCACGUUCCGCAUGGAAGGCGGCGCUGGCGGAAAAGGGGAAAGGCUCGACAUCUUCAACGGCCUACGCGUCAUCGGCCUGGUCUGGGUGAUCACCAUUCACACGCACAUCUACAUGGACGAAGCGCUCAUGGACAAUAACGACGAAGUAUACGAAAUGUCGAGAACAUUGGCGCGGCAAUUCAUUGUUAACGCUAGUAUGAGCGUUGCAAUUUUCACGACAAUCAGUGGAUUCAUGCAGUGGAUGACAGUUUCAAAGCGAUCAAACGAAGAGCAUGGCAAGGCUAGUUGCUUCGCGUUAGUACUUCACAGGUACCUCAGGUUGUUCCCGCUUGUGUGUCUGACGGCGUGCUUCCACCACUUAGUGCCAGUUUCGGGGUAUGGUCCCCUCUGGGCCACCUUCGGAGAACUGCGCAAACGGGCCUUUCCUGACCACUGGCCAUAUUACAUCACGGGAAUGCUCAACCUGCUCGAUUUUGAAAACAUAUGCAGUCCUCAGCACUGGUAUACAGCACUGGACUUUCAAGUUUUCAUGCUCACGCUCUACUUCACACGGAGAUUAAAAAGGACUGGCAGCAAACGGCCGCUUCUUAUUAUCAUGGCGCUAUCGAUGUUGUUCACCUACGUCCAGAACCACAUGCUGGAACUUACUCCCGGACUUCUGUACUACACUCCUCUGGGAAGGCACAGCUAUGCCGGUUUCGUGUAUUACAUGCCAUACACCCACAUUCCGAGCUACUGCAUCGGAAUUCUUGCCGGCUACUACUACACCAAACAUUCUUCACGAAGGCUGUCCAAGCGGAAAGUGGCCUUGAUGUGGGUGGCAGCGGCUGUCGCCAUCGGGAUUUCCCUGUUCGGCACCGUCCUGUGGACGGGACAUGAGCUGCCGUCCACGGUCGCCACGGCUGUCUUUGCCGCCACCACCCGGACGCUCUACAGCGGGGGCCUUGCUUGGAUCAUGUUCGCUUGCCUCACAGACAGAGGCGGAUUCGUUACCAGUGUCCUGGCGUGGCCCGGGUGGGCUCCAAUCAGUAGACUUUCCUUCUGCAUUUAUAUCAUCCAUGACUUUAUGCUCUACUACCAGUGGGUCAGUUUCCCGGGCAGAGUUCACGGCGGCUACUAUUUUAUGAUGACCGUGGUGGCUGGGAACUGCGUCGGCUCAUUCGUGAUGGCCUUCGCGCUGCACGCAUUCUUCGAGAGGCCUCUCAUCCUGAUGGCCACCGUGCUGGAAGAGCGCUGCCUGCCGUGGGGGCGGAGGUCCACCGCCUCCGACGGGCGGGCCGCCUCUGCGCAGGAGGACGGCGUCGUCACCCCACGCAGGGUCACCACCGUCAGGGGUCGAAACGACCGCACUAAGCGCCUCUGAAGAAACGCACGCCAAAAGGGUGCUACGCCGUAGCAACCUUAUGUACAGUCAUGCGCCUGUCGAACUGCACAGGAAGCAAAUGGAUGCAGCGCCGCUAUCGGGACUCCAUUGUUCACCAACCAGGGCGCCACUGUUUAGGGAAUUGUCGGAAGUCUAACAUAUUUACGUAAGCCUAUGUACAUCCGAAAAAAAAAUAAGGCGGUGGCCCAACAGGUACUUAAAAUAAAACAAACUGAAGGACCGGGCAGGACUGGAAAACUUUAUUGUGGUGCUGCCGGACGCGCUUUGCGCGUAGCGGGCGUCUCCCAGGGACCGACAGGGAGCAUGCCUGGCGGCCGCUUCGCAGGCCUGGUGGGCGGCCCAUUGCAGGUAGGCGAGUGGUGAGCUUCUGAGGGAUCCGCGCUUGAAAUAUAUCUUACGUAACACACCGAGACUGAGAGGCGCGCUGUGUCGUCGCUCGAACUUCUUUGUACUCUUUGUCAGUC